AUGUCUAAUAUGAAUAUUGCACUCACCAAUUCUUUUCGUAAAAUUGAACUUGACGUUACCGAGAUCAAACGAAUGCUAGCUGCGCUGUCUGAUCAGUUCAAAAAUCAAUUUGCAUCAAACAUCAUCGAUGAAGAUGUAAAUAUGAUACAAAAAAGUAUCGUCGAACAAAGUGCUCUUGAUCGAAUCACCGAGUCGGUAAAAAGAUCCCAAGUGAUUGAAUAUCCUGAUCAGCUUGGUAAACGAACGAAUGACACAAAUUCUGAAGAGUUUGAAGGAAAGAAGGUCUCGGAUAGACUUAAUGUACUGCUGCAACGUUUACACACAAAAGACUGGCAGUUAUUUUGUAAGGAUAUUCCCGAUGAUCAACAAAAGCCACCUCUAGUCCCAACUUCACAACGUGAUUUGGAGAGCAAACGAGUUCAGUUGAAGUCACUGGCACGUUCGUUGAAGCAUGAUUUAAUUGACCUGGACCACCCUGACGUGUUAAAAAACUGGAAGGAUAUCCCGGCAAAUGAUAGGGAUUUUUACAUGUUACGCCUGGAAAAGCUAGCGAAUGACAAGGGAUUCCAAAUAUACCAGUGUAAGAGAAUGUGGUGUGCCAAAAGCUUGUUAAGGGAGAGCUUUAAAAGUGACAACCAAACACACAGAAGAAGGGUAGCAAAUCAACAAGAUCCCGAUAGUUCAGACUCUAUCAAUGAAGCUUUCGAAGAUAUGGGUCGCGAUGAGUCCCCCAUCAUAGCAGACGUGCCUUCUCCUCCACCAGAGGUAGCGAAUGAACCUUCACGUAAAAGAACCAGAAGAAGAUCAUAG